AUGUUAGGCACACUGCUACCUCCAGAAUAUUUGCUGGAUCCAGAGAGGUUAAUCCAGUGCCCUUUGGUUAAACACCAUGUGAUCAGAGCACGGCGCUUUCCAUAUCACCUGGUGAAGUGUAAGGAGAGCAACCCUGAAAUUGCGAAGAAAUUGGCCACGUGUCCCUUCAAUGCUCGUCACCUGGUUCCUCAGGAGGACCUCAGUGAGCACAUCAUGAAGUGCAAUGACAAAGCCUUUGUGGAGCAGGAUGUGGUGAGCCGGUCCUGUGAGCCCCCUCAGGAGCAGCUGAAUGAUGGGAGCAAAUGGCAGGCACCUCCAUGUGCUGAGGACUGGGAAACAGAGUUGCUGGAGGGCGCUGAGUCUACUUUUGUGUGGGGUGUGAUCAACUCUUCCAUGAACAGCCCCAUCAGUGAGCAGAACAACUCCCUGCCCCCCCAGAUGCGGCCCCCUGAGACCCUCCCGUACACCGUGCCUGCAGGACUAAUUCGGAGUAUCAAUUCAUCCCCCUGGAACUUGGUUUUGCCCCAGCAGUAAGUGUCUCCCUGUUUUGGACAGGAGAGCUGCUGCAGGAACGGCAGAUUUGGGAGAAUUCAGGCCUGGCAACUGUUAACAGUCCCAUUUCAAUGGAAGUCAGGACCCAACAGUAACUUCCAGCAAUUUCUACCCUAUGCCUUAAAUAUCUUGCUGUUCUCAGGAAGCCUGGAGGGAUUAUGUGGAACUUCUGCUGGACAUUUUACCAUGGGAGAUCUUGACAGGAUUCUGUCAGGAUUCUCCUGACAUUUAAGAGAAGAUUUAGCUGUUUGCUGGGAAGCUGCAGCAAACUCCCUGCAACUGAGGCUCCAGGAGUUGUGUCCUUACAGAGCAAAAACUAUCUUUGUUUUUAGGGGCUGAGAUUAAAAUCAUCGGGAGCAGCCAAACUUAGAAGUAUUUUUUCUGUCCAUGCAGUUUUUGUUUUUGUCUUGUUGGAAUCUGAGUUUGUCCACUCAGUGUAUGGCAGGUGUUCAGGUUGGAGUUUAAACUGUGUUGUCAUUUGCAGAGACUGCUUUGAGAGCAUCCUGACCUUAACUUUUGCACCUUCACACUUCCAGCCUUGCCUUUGUCACGUUUGUGUGUGAGGGGCUUUCUCAGGCAGACCUUAACAGAGAAUCCUCUGCAAGUUCCUUGUAUCACACACAACUCCAAACAGGGGAAGUUUCAGGAGGACCCUGAGGUGCUUUUCCAGUUUCCAUUAGAGUUUUGCAGUUUUCUAAUGCUUAAAACAUGUUUGAGAGCUCUCAGGUACCAGUUCUGUAUUGGGGCAGGGGAGGGAGAGAGUAGGAAUGGGUUAAAUCAGUAAAAAUACAUGUCUGGGACUGAAAAUGUCUAGAUCAAGCAGUAUAUUUCCAAACAUGCAAAGUACAAAAUGGGAUCUAAAUAUACAACUAGGAAGAAUUAAAAAGCCAGGCAUAGUAUUUGUCUAGAAAGAGAUAAAUGUCUUCAUAUUUUCCUCUAAAGACCAGAUUUCCACCAUCUCUAUACGACCACUAGAAAAUAAUACAUGUUGACUGGAAUGUGCAAAAUUAGGAUUCUUUUAAAAUUCUGUCAAUUUAUGUCAAGGUUUUUGUUGACAAUUUAGAAUAAAAA